AUGUCCGCUAAACCUGGCCGUACCAUUCUAGCUUCAUCCAUUUCGAAAACCUACGUGGAGGAAAUCACUUCCAAAGUGGAAUCGUUAAAAGGAAUUAGACCAGAUGGUCCCCUUCUAGUAGGGUUCUUGGCUAACGAUGAUCCUGCCGCGGAAAUGUACGCUAGCUGGACCUCUAAAACGUGUGAAUCAAUGGGAUUCCGUUAUGAACUAAGACGCAUCGAGGAGAAGGACUUCUUGGAAGAGGCCAUCAUUGAGGCCAAUAGAGACAAAUCUGUCGAUGGGAUCAUGAUAUACUUUCCCGUCUUCGGAAACGCACAAGAUCAGUACCUCCAGCAAGUGGUCUCCCGUGAUAAGGACGUCGAGGGUCUCAACCACGUCUACUAUCAGAAUAUGUACCACAACAUCCGCUUUUUGGAUGACGAUCAACAGCUCAAGUCGAUCCUUCCUUGCACCCCACUGGCUGUCGUCAAAAUAAUGGAGUACUUGAAAACGUAUAACAACCUUUUGCCCGUCGGAAACCGAUUAUACGGGAAGAAAUGUGUCGUGGUCAACAGAUCCGAAAUCGUUGGGCGGCCACUGGCCGCCCUUCUAGCCAAUGACGGGGCGGUGGUAUAUUCCGCGGACAUUGACAAUAUCCAGAAAUUCACUCGUGGUGAGGGUCUCAAGUUUCAAAAACAUCAUGUUGAAGAUUUAGGUGCUUUCUCUCCUGAAGCUUUGAGGAAGUACUGUGCUGAUGCUGAUGUCAUCAUUACAGGUGUACCUUCAGAGAACUACAAGUUUCCUACCGAGUUCAUCAAGGAGGGUGCUGUUUGCAUAAACUUUUCUUCCCACAAAAAUUUUGACGAAACGGUCAAAACUAAAGCCUCUUUGUACGUGCCCAGCACUGGAAAAGUUACAAUCUCUAUGUUGCUCAGAAAUAUGUUGAGACUUGUGGAGAAUAGACAAAAGCUGAACCAGCUUUGA